GAGAGUUCGUAAGAAGGCAUGUUUGGGAAGCACUGAGGUUACGACUGGAUAAAUUAAUCUUUUGGAUUCUCCUUCACUGUGGAGGCAUACGAGAAAAGCAGAGUUUAUGUCACGAAUUCAAGAUAAAACACAACUCCUCAGACUCCUCCCUCCUCCUCCCUUCGGUUUCUCUCAUCCUCUCCCUCCCCCCCGGUCCUCUAUGCUCAGUUCGGUGUGUGUAUCCUCUUUCAAAGGGCGCAAGGGUGGGAACAAGUCGUCCAACAAAGCAUGUUACAGCGCAGACAUGACUUGUCCGUCGGAAAGCGAGAAAAUCGUGAUAAACUGCGGGGGGGUGCGGCAUGAGACCUACCGGAGCACCCUAAAAACGUUGCCCGGUACCCGCUUGUCGUGGCUCACCGAGCCGGACGCGUUCAGCAACUUCGACUACGACCCCAAAUUAGACGAGUUCUUCUUCGACCGCCACCCGUCAGUGUUCUCCUUCAUCCUCAACUAUUACCGCACCGGGAAGUUGCACUGUCCCAACGAUGUGUGCGGUCCCCUGUUCGAAGAGGAGCUGGCCUUCUGGGGCAUCGAUGAGACGGACGUGGAGGCGUGUUGCUGGAUGAAUUACCGGCAGCACCGGGAUGCGGAGGAGGCGCUGGACAGCUUCGAGACUCCAGAACCGGACGCGCCGGACGACGAGCCGGCGCUGGGCGGUGCGGAUGGGGACUUGAAAAGACUGUGCAUGCAGGAGGACGCAAGGAAAGCAGGCUGGUGGAAAACCUGGCAGCCCCGAAUAUGGGCACUGUUUGAAGACCCGUAUUCCUCCAAAUAUGCCCGGUAUGUGGCAUUUGGCUCCCUAUUCUUCAUCCUCAUCUCCAUCUCCACUUUCUGCAUGGAGACGCAUGAGGCCUUCAACACCAUCCUCAACAAGACAGAGAACGUCACGGUUGGCAACUCGACCCGCGAGGAGAUCGUAUACGAGGUGGUGACUGACAGCUGGUUGACGUACGUGGAGGGCGUGUGCGUCAUCUGGUUCACCAUUGAGGUCCUGCUGCGAGUCACCUUCUGCCCAGACAAGCUUGAGUUCUUCAAGAGCAGCCUCAACAUUAUCGACUUUGUCGCCAUCCUGCCCUUCUACCUGGAGGUGGGCCUGAGCGGUCUGUCCUCCAAAGCUGCCAAGGAUGUCCUGGGGUUCCUCCGUGUUGUCCGAUUCGUCCGUAUCCUCCGAAUCUUCAAGCUGACCCGCCACUUUGUGGGUCUCCGUGUCCUGGGCCACACCCUGCGUGCCAGCACCAAUGAAUUCCUCCUGCUCAUCAUCUUCUUAGCCCUUGGUGUCCUCAUCUUUGCCACCAUGAUCUACUAUGCCGAACGAAUUGGCGCAGACCCAGACGACCCGACAGCCAGCGCCCACACCAACUUCAAGAACAUUCCCAUUGGAUUUUGGUGGGCUGUCGUGACCAUGACCACACUGGGCUAUGGAGAUAUGUACCCAGAAACAUGGUCAGGGAUGCUGGUGGGUGCUCUGUGUGCCUUGGCUGGUGUGCUGACCAUUGCCAUGCCUGUGCCCGUCAUUGUCAACAACUUCGGCAUGUACUACUCUCUGGCCAUGGCCAAACAAAAGCUGCCCAAAAAGAAGAACAAACAUAUCCCCCGAGCACCACAACCAGGGUCCCCCAACUACUGCAAGCCAGAUGCCCUGGCUAUGGCUACCGCAUCACCACAAAGGCUCUUGGGAAACGUCCUAGGUGGAGUGAUGGGGUCUGGAGGCAUUGGGGGUGACUGUCCUCUCGCCCAAGAAGAAAUUAUAGAGAUUAAUAGAGAUUCUAAGCAGAACGGCGACGCGGCCUCGGCCGCCCUGGCUAACGAGGACUGUCCCACCAUCGACCAGGUGCUGAGCCCAGACGAGAGGAGCCCUAUUGGGCGAGGGCCUACCCGGGAACGCUACCAGCAGGACCGCGCCUGCUUCCUGCUCAACACCAGGGAAUUCCGUGCCACAGAUGGGAAUGUGCGGAAAGAGGCAGCAGCCCUGGCACCCAGCCCAGACUCCCCUCUGACUGAGGAUUGGUAUAAGAUGGAAGGGUCUCUGUUACAGCAGGACCUCAAUGCAAACUCCACCUCCUCCUGGAUCAAACCAUAGACCAGAGUGUUAAGUUUCUAGCAUUCGCCUUCUCUCUAAUGAGGAGUCAGUAACCGGUAAACACAAAUUUGAGGCGGGAGCCACGUAAGCGACAGGUGUGACGCGGAUGGACAGUUUAAAGGAGAUCUUUGGGGUGACAAGAGAGAGACCAGAGGUUAAUCAUGAAUUUAAAAAAAUCACAUGGUCUGCUCCUCACGUUGUUACCAAAGCAGCCUCUUGGAACUCCGACCACAUUUUUGACAACUGUCUGACUGACAUUUUUUUUUUCCUUUCUUUUUUCUGUUUUUUGGGCAAACUGACUGAGCAUUGCACUGACACACUUUUGGGAGAGAAAAGGACUCCUGAUUACACAUUCCAGAUGACAUCUCUCUGACAACAUUAUACUCGCCAUCUUGUACGAUGACCAAACUCAGUACCAUCCUCAGUGCUGAACAACUGAGCAACUUCACAACUUUCCGAAAAGAAAAAAAAACAACAACAACAAAAAAACAAACACUUGUCUUCACAAAGGACCGAAUGAACAAUGUAGCAUCUCUGCUAACAUACUGUAGCAUUUGUUGGCUGGGAAAUAACUUGACUUAAUCCAUCCACAGUUCGAAGAGAGGAAUUUAUGCAUUCAAGGGAUCUUUUAGAUGUCAUUUUCCUCUUAGGUUCCUUUCCAGUGAAGAAAAAAAUAUAGAGUACAUGAGAGACAAAGGAUUGGUCUUACUUGUUAAAACUAUUAACAUUCCAAAAAAAGAAAUCGAUGCACUAAAUACAAACAGUGCACAUGAAAUCAACCACAAAUGCACAGUAUUUACCAACACCCACACUAUACUCCCUCAUUCAAGUUUAGCACUUGUAUAGCAUGUUUGCCACUGAACCUAUGUCUUCCAUUCACUUUUAUUAGACUGAAACACUGCCCUCUUCACAAGUACUGAGAUAAUCAAAAACAGCACUAACUAUGAAGUUGAACAAAUGAAGCACAUGUAGCAUCAGCUCAGACAGGUCAUGUAUGGCAUUUACUGUACAUUUAGACUCACCUGAAACAUUCACCACAAGGAAAUGGUGGAAAAAGACUUCUCUUUAUCUCUCAUGUACUGACAUGGGCUCACCCCGAAAAUGCGAUACCAAAGGUCCUGUAGCAAACACUUGCUGAAUGACCUUCUGUAACGUAUCGCAGAUCAAGAGGAAUAUUUCAUUUAGGGUGAGGCUUGUACUCGCCCUCACACUGCCCAUUGCCUAUGUUUGGUACAAACACAUGCCUCUAAAAGUACUUUAACUGCCACUAGCAUCUCAUCUCUAUAUGCACAUUUUAGUACCUUUUCCCAUGUCUGACUGACACAAUGCUCAGUCAUGAGGAGCAAAAAGACUGACUCAAGGAGACAAAACAAAACAAAAAGACAAUUGUCAGUCUUUCUUCGGUAUCAAGGGAUAUUGGCCUGCCUAAAUUACGACGAAAAGGACGCCCCUGCCACGAGGACGCUUUUUACGUCACAUAAAACUGUCCAUUAGCUGGAAAUUCUGUGUUAUUAUUUUUUGAAAGGGACCAAUCAGAUACAUGCUCCUCCUAACACAAAAGGCCGACACUGCCAAUUAGGCACAAGAAUCUCCAGAUGAAUACUGCCCCAUCUCUCUCUUGUCCCUCUUGCUGCCAACGACUGCUGCUCAGGCAAGUCGAUGUCAAGAUAAGGAUGGCCCAUCAGGGGAGCCCUUUAGGCAAAGGGGAAAAUGAGAAGAAAUGGACCAAGAGUAGAGCAAGUGUGGAAGUGUACAAAGAGAACAAAUCUAUAUUUUGAUAAACAAAUCAACUAUCCAUGGCUUCGGAGGAAGUUUCUGAGCAGAAAAAGGUCCAGAAUGGAAGAAAGGAAAAAAAAAAAAAAUCAGAUGCAAAUCUCGAUAGAAUAUUUGGCAUCAUGAAAUGGAGUCAAAGUCCUGGAAAAAAAAAAAGAUGGGAAGUGAAUAUUUUGUUACGAGGAGUGGUUGUUUUCCCCACAAGCACCGGGAAAAUGUUCUUUUGAAAGACAAUGAGCAAUGACAGACUCUUGCCUAUAAAGACAAAGGAUGGACGCUGAGAUAAACAAAUGAAGAAAAAAAAAAAAAAAGAUAAUGCAUUUUUGUAACUUUGUUUACCAGCAUGACUAGUUUGCAUGACUGUCUUUUCUGCAAGCCCUUAGUUGAAGACAAGGGUGCUAGAGAUACAAAAAAGUAUAUAUAAAAUGAAUUAAAAAAAUGUUAUAUGCAAUUAAUGUUUUAAAAAAAGAUUAUAAUCAAAGAGAAGAGCUAUAUUUUGUUUUGAAAAGUUAAAAAAAAUGUGAAUAUUGAAACAUGUAUGUUUGCAAAGUACACCCUGAACUAUGUUUUGUUUGAUGAAAUCUCUCUGCUACUACUGCCCUACAUUCCCAAUUCCAGUGUUUUCGACCGCUGCCACAGUUUUACUUUGUUGUGCAUCAAGCAGUAUAUUUUAUAACCAUUCAGUUGUAACCAUUCGAGACUUUGCCAAACUAUAGCAUUUGCGCAAAGGUUGUUUGUUGUUAACCGCAAAGUCCAUGUUUUCUUCCUUGAAUCAUUUGCACAACUACCGUAGCAGCAGCAGCAGCAGCAGCAGCAGCAGCAACAGCAGCAGCACUUCUAAAAAAAAAAAGAAAAAAAAAGCUCUCCAUACCACAACUUUGACUGCUUGAUUAGUACUCAUAGUUUGCUUUUUUUUUCUUUGGCAAUAAUAUAAGAGUUGUCACAUGAUUGUAGCAGGGCAAACGGAGAACCUCGAGAGUAUCUUCAACGCCUCAGUCAGUGUUAAAGAGAUCUGUAAAGGCCUUGGAUGUCCCAUGGCAGGAUUUUGCUGGGAUAGGCAGUUCUGUUCCACUAGUCCUACGUAGAACAAAAAUGGGAGUACAAGUGCAGGUUAUCCAAUAAAGAAAGAUACUAUACUGGCGAACAAUCAAGAGAGAUUUCAGGUUUGCAUGGAACCAACCGCCAUUCCAAAGUUUGUGUGUGGUUUAAAGGACUCAGGUGUGUCGAUGGUGUGUGUGGAUGUAGGUGUUUUCUUUCUAACAUAAUAAAUUCUAGUAUAUAGAUAACAAUAAUGUGAACACCUCACCGUGAUGUGUAAAAAAACGCAUGCAUUAUGACUUGAUAAUCUCUCGAGGGGGGGAACAGAGUCUUGACAUAUCCCCCUUAGCCUCCUAUCAUCGUUUGUCAUGAAUCCAGUCCUGAUAACUAUGAACACUGUGCCGUGUCGUAGAGCAGAAACGUCUUCCUUCGAGAGGCAACUGAAAACUACUCACACUCGCAGUGUCAGCAUGAGUGUGUAGAGGUAGCUCGUCUUUGUUUUUCUUUUCUAGAUGGUCAGGUCUUUGCGUUCGUCAUUACCCAUGGAGUUACCGUCAUCCAGCUGGCUAGUCGGCAGCUCAUUACAGCACACGACGCAGUCAUGUGAGCACCAAUCAAAGAGACCCAGAGCUUCCAAAAUGAUGUCAGUGAAGUACUUUAAGUGUUGCGAGAAAGAGAGGAUGAGAGAUACCAGUGUCCACCGAGGGGAGAUUGAUUUUAAAAAGCAUUUUAUUGUUGAGUGCUCUCCAGGCACCUCAUCCUUGGUUUGGUAUUCCAAGUGAGUUUCAGGCCCUGCUGGUUCAGGGCUCAGCUCAGGCAGCUGAAUGGUCGUCUGUCCAUUCCCAGUACAUUGCAGUUGGAGGCUCACCAGAAUAUCGUGUGAUGCAGACUACAUAGACUAUUCACGGUCCUAGAGCUUCUGUCUAUUUUCAAAAAACGGUCCGUGGGAUUUUGUUUUGGUCCCUUAUCUUUUUAAAGCUCCCGAUUUUUCCUUUCCCGUUUUGGAAGGCAUUAAGCAACCACGGCUUUUGAUGGUCACAAAGAUCUUUAUGAAUAUUUCAGAGGCAAACUUCGAGCAAUGGUGUGCACACUUGCAAAAACUUUGUGCUUCACCCAGCUGUUUGUGUUUUCAUGGCCGAGUACUGUCCUGUUUUCUCUUUUCUUUCCCUUUGUUUCUCACCGAUACGUUUGCCAUGUCUUCAUUCUCUUCAUUGUGACUGCUCUGCCAGUGCCAGGCUGAAAAAGAUGUCUUUCCUUUUUCUAUUGCAUAAUACUGCCAUUUGAUUUAGUCAUGUUGAACAGAAUGAGUUACAAUGUCGAGAGUGCUAAGUCUGUUUUAUUUUCAAAAGUUUGCAAUCUGUUAUGAAAUGUUAAAGAUUUCCUGUGCAACACUCACAUAACCAAAACGACAAAAAUGCUUUACAUGGUAAGUAGGUGCCACUGUUAACCUCACGGUUACUAUGUGUUGUGAUAAUAUUAUGACACGUCCUCUCUGGGUGUCUAGAAGGUGUUAUGUGGUCCUUGGUUGACACAUUCUAUUGGUUUUCUUUAUGUGCCUGUUUCUGUUCAAUAUGUUUUUCUUAAUUGAGGACAUUGUAUGCAAUCCGCACCACGAAUGCCGCUGAUCGACACUUAACUGUAUGCUCCCUGAGACACAGAUGUUCUGUCAUCAGUUCAGAUGAUUGCAACCACAUGUGUAGUGGCUUUAUGGCUUUCCAUAGAGUGACUUAGCAAUCACAUUAAUCUAAAAAAAAAUUUUUAUUUUACAAAGUGAUAAGACCAGAGUUGUUUUAGAGGAAAUGUUAUCAUACUGAAUAGAUUUUUCUAAUAUAUUUCAUAUCUUAUUUUAAUUAGAAAUAACAUUGCAAACACCACAGAAGUCAUACCGAUAUACAUACAUCUGAUAUUACAGGCUGACAUCAUGCAUUCAUGUAAGCAUUCCAAAGAUAAAAAGAUGUAUGUUCAUUUCACAUGCCAUCACAUUGUAUAAAACAGACUUAGGUACUAGUCCAUUGUACUGCGGUCUUAGUAGGAGAGUGAAUGGGGAGAAGAGGUGGUCACUGGAGUAUCUGGUUGUGACUUAUGCCGGAUUUUAUUUUUGAAAUGUUGGGACACAAAGAACAACUCAUCAAGAACUGUAUAAAGUAUAUUUCAACGGAAUGUUCAUGAUCUAUCUUUUUAUAUUUUGAAGAAAAAAUAGAAACAUAUCAAUAAAGUGUCAUAAUUGAACAUAUUUCUACUAUUGAGACUUAAAAUGUAUGAAUGUCAAUGCGAUCUAAUGUGAACUAAUCUCCAUAGCAGCUUGAAUGAAUAACUGAUUAACAGUCAUGAGAUGCUUUUUCAGAGACAUUACAAAUUGCUUAAAAAUCAUUGAGAUGAACUUAAAAUAAAUGAAAAAGUGACAUCAAUGGCGUGUCAGUUUGUUUAAGCUCUCCAACUGGGGAAAUGUGUGCUCCUGUGCGUACUGACGUCUGUACUGACUGUCACAGUUAACGCUCUUCAUCAGCCUGUCAGGAACAGGGUACCACAACACGGUGAUUGAUCUAAUGUGGCUUGAAGUGUGGACACAACCAAAGUCCAAAGUCUCCCAAGAAACUGAAGGAUGACACAUUAAAUUUGUGACUGGAAGUUCAAGGAUAUGGUGUAUUUUGACGCCAGCGUUUCCAAGAAGGUCCAACUGUCAAGUUUUUUUUUCAGUCGGUGACGGUUGCAUUGAGACAUUCUUAGUGUCUAAAAUAAAGACAUGUCAUAUAAUGGUAAUCUAUAAUUUUGAGGUCAGCUGUGACUGUGACAUGAUAUUUGAGAAUGAUGAGGUGAUGCAAGUGCUGGUUUCCUGCCUCGAUAUCAAAUAACUGUAACAGUAACUUCGAAUAUCCGUGAAAGUGGACACCAACACUUUGGAUCGUAAGGAUCUGAAAAAUGUUUUAACUCACUGGUUCCUGUCCUGACCCCCACUAGGGGUCACCAAAGCUAUAUAGAGAUAUCUAUCUAUCUAUCUAUCUAUC